GCCUAAUACGUAUAUUUAUUUCUUUCCUGUUAGUUGAAGCGGGAAAGUGAAACAAGUUUUUUGGCCGCAUAUGAAGAAACAUUAUCUUUACAAUGCACCAAGCUUCAACCAAGUAGCUUUACAUUUCUUCUUCAUUCGAGUGUAUUAGUUAUAUAAGUAUUCAGAUUUCAAAGAUCUACUAUUUUUCGCCGUCUCCUACGGUGUCGUUUAAUUUACUUAGCCCUAAUUAAAGAAACCAUGCAUCGUUCCGUCAAAGUCGCUGUUAUCGGAGCUGGUGUUUCAGGCCUCGUGGCGGCACGUGAACUUCUACGCGAACGACACGACGUCGUCGUUUAUGAUCAAAACGACAGCGUAGGAGGAAACUGGAUCUACGAUCCGAGAACCGAAUCCGACCCCCUCAGCCUCGAUCCGAACCGAGAAACUGUCCACAGCAGCCUCCACGUGUCCCUACGCACCAACCUUCCAAGGGCACUAAUGAGUUUCACCGAUUACCCGUUUGUAAGAACCGAGUCCGACCCGAGAACUUUCCCGCGUCGCGACGAAGUGCUUCGGUUUUUAAACCGGUUCGCUGAUGAGUUUGGUGUUCGAGAGGUGACCCGGUUGAAGACGAGAGUGAGUCGAGUGGAACGAGUGAAGGACGAGUGGGUUGUUGAGUCGAUGACUCGGGGAUCCGAAUCGGUGAGUAGGGAGGUGUUUGAAGCGGUUGUGGUCUGUUCGGGACAUAACUCGGUGCCGAGGGUUGCUGAGAUUGAUGGUAUUGAGAAUUGGAGAGGCUACCAAAUGCAUAGCCAUAACUACCGUGCACCUGGACGUUUUCAAGACCAGAUUGUGGUUAUAGUUGGUUAUGGAGCUAGUGCUUUUGAUAUCGCGGUAGAUAUUUUACCAUUGGCAAAGGAGGUUCACGUAGCAACCAAAGAUAAUCGAUUCGGCGUCAUACUCAAUGAUGUAAGAUACCAUAGUAUGAUAAAAUGUGUGAAUAAAGAUGGCUCGAUUUCCUUUCAAGAUGGAUCAUCAAUUUUUGCAAAUACCAUAAUCUACUGUACUGGAUACAAAUACCAUUUUCCGUUUCUUGAUAUCAAUGGAAUCGUAACCGUUGAAGACAAGUGUGUUGGACCAUUAUAUAAACACAUCUUUGCUCCAGCAUUAGCACCUUCUCUAUCUUUCAUUGGUAUUGUUACUAAGGUAAUUGUAAUUUAGUUACAAGUUUUUCCCAUAAUUCUUUCAAAGUAUUGUGGAAGUUUUU